CUACUUCUGUGGAUAAAGGUGAGUGCAUGGGAGGAUCAACCCUGAGCUUACUCCACGACAAGACUUUCAAUUACACGGGGGACAGCCAGGCCCAGGAGCUGUGCCUGUAUUUAACCAAGGCGGCCAGCGUGCCUUAUUUUGAAAUUCUGGAAAAGUGGAUAUAUCGAGGCAUCAUUAAUGAUCCAUACAGUGAGUUCAUGGUGGAGGAACAUGAGCUGCAGAAGGAGAAGAUUCAGGAAGACUAUAAUGACAAAUAUUGGGAUCAAAGAUAUACUGUUGUUCAGCAACAGAUUCCCUCAUUCUUGCAGAAAAUGGCUGACAAAAUACUAAGCACAGGGAAAUAUUUAAAUGUUGUGCGAGAAUGUGGACGUGAUGUUACCUGCCCUGUGGCUAAAGAGGUCAUCUAUACCUUAAAAGAGCGAGCAUAUGUGGAGCAAAUAGAAAAAGCAUAUAACUAUGCUAGCAAAGUUCUUCUGGAUUUCCUAAUGGAGGAGAAAGAGCUGGUGGCUCACCUAAGGUCUAUAAAACACUAUUUUCUGAUGGAUCAAGGGGACUUUUUUGUUCACUUCAUGGAUCUCACAGAAGAGGAACUUAAGAAGCCUGUGGAUGACAUCAUAACUACGAGGCUAGAGGCUCUGCUUGAAUUAGCCCUGCGAAUGAGCACAGCCAACACAGAUCCUUUCAAGGAUGAUUUAAAGAUUGACUUGAUGCCCCAUGACCUCAUUACACAGCUCUUGAGAGUAUUGGCCAUAGAAACGAAGCAGGAGAAGGCCAUUAUCAGUGCAGAUCCCACAGAGCUCACUCUCAGCGGUCUGGAAGCAUUUUCCUUUGACUACAUUGUUAAGUGGCCUCUGUCCCUUAUUAUAAACAGGAAAGCAUUGACAAGAUACCAGAUGCUUUUCAGACACAUGUUCUAUUGCAAACAUGUGGAAAGACAGUUGUGCAAUGUUUGGAUCAGCAAUAAGACGGCCAAGCAAUUCUCCCUGCAUUCAGCUAAGUGGUUUGCUGGUGCUUUCACACUGCGGCAGCGGAUGCUGAAUUUUGUCCAGAAUAUCCAGUAUUACAUGAUGUUUGAAGUGAUGGAGCCAACAUGGCACAUUCUUGAGAAGAACCUGAAGUUGGCAUCUAAUAUUGACGAUGUCCUGAGCCACCACACAAGCUUCCUGGAUAACUGCUUGAAGGACUGCAUGCUAACCAACCCAGAGCUGCUGAAGAUCUUCUCCAAGCUGAUGUCUGUCUGUGUCAUGUUCACAAACUGCAUGCAGAGGUUCACCCAGAGCAUGAAGCUGGAUAACGAGAUGGACCGGUUCACCUUAGAGCAUGGCACGAUGCUGGGCCCACCGACAGAGGAGGAGCGUGCUGAAGAGACUGCAAAGAAGAAGCUGACUAGUAAGCUUUUAGCAGAGCAUGCUGACAACCUCCACCUGACAUCUGGCUUCGAAGCAACGAUCAACAAGUUUGAUAGCAAUUUCUCAACACAUCUGCUCGACCUGUUGGACAAACUGAGCGUUUACAGCACCAAUGACUGUGAGCACAGCAUGCUCAACAUCAUCUACAGGUGA